UUGGAUACGAAGAGCCUAAUUGGAGUGGUGUGGAAACUAAAAUUGUGCUAUCGUGCGGGAAAGUAGGAAAAACAGUGAGGAUAAAAAAAAGGAAAAGUGGAGGAUUCGGAGGCGGAGGCGGCGGAGGAGGAACAGGAAGAAAAAUAAGAUAAUUAGACGACGAAAAACGACCGAAUUAAUUCGACCCCCCCCCCCCCCCCCCCCGUAAUUUUCGUAAAACGAAAAUUAAAUAAAUAAACAAACAAGUAAAAGAACAACGUCAAAGUGCCAACAGACGGUAAAAAAAUUGCCAACUUCUGGUCAAAUAUCGGGGGGGGAGUGAGGCGGUGAACCCCCCGGGCGAUAAAGCGAAACCAGAUUGGAUAAUGUGGGCAUUUCUCUUUUUGGCCGGUCUAUUUAGCGGUUGGUGGGGCGCCCUGUCUCUCGCCGCGCCCCCAGAGUCCGCCGUCGCGGCUCCUCAGACGUCAUCGACGCCCCGAAAUUCCCUCAGAACGUUGCUGUUCCCGCUGACGGAGAACCCGGAGCCCGAAUUGGCCGACAGUCGGGAUCACCUGGAGCCUUAUCGCUAUAACGCGGGGAAAAGACACUCGACGUCACUUCGGCGACGGGAAUCAAAAUUUCGGUACGACAGCCUUCCGCGAAUUCGAUACGGGGAGGGAUUCCCCCUGCAGGAGACUCUCAUGAGUCCCGUAAACUCAUGGGACACCGCCUUGGCGCUCUUUUCCUCCGUCGAAGGGCUCGAGUCGACCGUCGAAAGACCCCGCGUCGCGAGGGCGGCGAAGAACCGGAAGGAGAGGACGAGGACGAGGGCCGAUUCCCCGAGGGAACAGCGCAGGCAGGGGAGGAACAAGGAGAGAAGGGGGCAGAACUGGUGCCCGGAUGUCGACGUCGGGAACAGGGCGUACCUUGCACCGACUGUCUUCGAGGGGAAGGCCAGGAGCAUGUCUUCGGCCAGGAAACCCGAGUCCAACUAUGCGGUGACCUUUGAGGUUAAACGCGUAUACAAAAGUCAGAGCGGCUUUCAGCCGUUGGUGAAAAACGACAGUGUGAGAUUGCACUUCCGGGAUAAAAUGCCCGGGAAGUCAACCUCGUGCGAAAACAGUGGGAUCGGCGGACUGAGUGCUCCGGGUGUUGUACAGGCCAAUAUCAAACGGGGCAAAGUGUAUCUAGUUUUUGUUAGCCGCGUCGGACCGAGGAACUUCACUAUUCUAGGCGAACCGAUUAUUCGUAGCAAAAAGAACGCCCAGGCGGUUCAAGCCGUCGUUCGACCAGACUAUGUGAGGGAAGUAACAUUGUCUGAGCUUCGAGACGCAGUGGCGAGGUUACAGGAAAAAGUGAAGCUUGUCUGCCGGACGAGAGGGUCACCACCCCCAAGGGUGCACUGGCUCAAAGACGGCAUGCCUCUUCACCCCAGACGAGGUCUCAGAAUUCAGCACAAGCGGCGGAGGUCGAAAGUGGUGAUUGCCUCUGCGGUAGCAGAGGACAGUGGACGUUACGAAUGCGUGGCGGAAAGCACCGCUGGACAUCGAGCCGCCCUGGCCGCCAAACUUCUAGUCACACACGCUCCAGAAACUACGACGGCAGUGUGGCCACGACAAGAAGCUCCUUGUCCGAUUUCGGAGGACUUCUGCAUGAACGGUGGAACCUGCUUGUUCUUUGAGACCGUCGGUGAACCAGCCUGCAGGUGUGCCGAGGGUUUCACGGGCCUCCGGUGCGAGAACAAGGAUGUAACAAGCACCGGAAAAAUGGAUAAGUACUCUUCCUUCGCCGAGGACAUCUCCCUUGCCCGCUUCUAGCGCAUCUAGCGGCACUGUCAAGCUUGCACACCGGGACAUACAUCGUGUUUUGUUUUAUUGUAGCCUUACUUGAUACUCCCGACACCCUCGCCUUUCCUGCCCUUCUCCGACCCCAAAUAACCCGCAAUUCCAAUGUUUUACCCCCAAUGGACCCGCCCUGCUUUAUGCUUAUACUUUACAAAUGUCCGUUCAUUCUCCAAUUUAUUAUUAUACUUUCAAAUGAUUUCUGUAUCUCCUUCUCUCAGUAUUAUUUCUACGUUUUUGUCUUCUCUGCUCUCGUCUUAUCUAUUUCAUCUUGGAACUUGCUGGUUCUGGGGCUGUUACUCAACCCAAGACAUUACAGCUGUGGCGGAGAUUUUCUAGUCACAGUUAUACGUCACCACAAGCCUUAGAUUGCUGGCCAAACUCUCUACGUCAUGCUUCUUCGUCAGAGCAGCACUUUUGAAGAGAAACUUUAGUGAAGUUGAUUGGAUAUUCCAACCCCUGAAUCGUCUUCACAUUGUUCUCGGAAAUUUCAGAAGCUCCGAAGAUCCAGCCGAGGACGAGUACGAGGACGAGGAAGAGG